AUGUGGCAGUUAGUGUUGGGACUGUUGCAGCACCUGAGUGCCACACCUGCCAUUGUUGUUGAACGCAAUAUGUUUGCCUACUAUAAGCUGCCGCUGAGGCUGCUGGACACGGAUACAAAGCAUACAGACAACCUGUACUAUGUGCUGCAGUGUCCGCCCAAACUUGAUAACACUAUACCCAAGCCAAAGGACAUGCAAACCUGCACCGUUGUGGACCAAUACAAGGACCUCUGGCGUUCUAAACAAAAAUCCAAGAAAAAUCCCAGGCGAAGACCAUUUCGAAUGAUGGUUAGUCCACUGUCGCCUCCAGAAAUCAAACGCAUGCAGUGGGGUUGGCGCCAGCGACGCACCAAGCGGCACAAUCAGGACACAAAAGCGUCCCAAGAAGAUUUCACGCCUCUGCAGCAUCUUGGUCAGCCGCACCGCAGGCAAAAGCUGCUCAAACUAUCCGCCGAUCAUCAGAAAUUCAAUCGAGGUAGUCGUACCAAGGGCUAUCAGCACAUGUAUCAUCGAGACGAGAGCUACAACGAUCACAUCUUCUACGAUGAACUUCAACUGGAUGGAAAAUUUGAAAAUCGCGGAAAAAUAAAGAGUCAGACUCCAGAUUAA